AUGGAGGACAACGGAAGUGGGUCCGAGACUGGAUCAGAAACACCGCUACCUCCUUCUUCCUCUUCUUCUACCGAGAAAAACGUUACCAACUAUAAGAAGAAGAAUACGAAGCCUUGUAAGAUAUGCGGAAGUAACGAGGAUGACGAUGAUGUAAUCAAGUGUCAUGAGCCCUCCUGGUGGCUAUGUGAAGUGUGUCGUACCUUACCUGGCGUAGUCGAAGUUAAGCCUGAAGAUUCUAAUGAGACUGCUAACUCAGUACUUCCUAAUGAUUCUGUUUCAUCAAGCAGUAGUCGUGUGGAUGCUCAGAACAGUGCUUCUUCUUCUACAGCGUCCAUCAACACAUCUCCUGAGAAGAAACGAGCAGACUCCAACGCUCCCUCUGAUUCAGAAUCUUCAAAGUAA